GUUGUCCUUGUGUCUUGUUCCUUCUCCAUCUCCUCCGAGGGCAUAUUCUUCGCCGGUCAGGAGGUCCGUCCGCGACGACUGUCGGCACAACAUCAGAUCUUCUACUUCUGGUAGAAAUCUUUGAGCUGAUGAAAAGAGAAGGCACUUGAAACAUGUCUAACGAUGAUAUUUACACUCCUUGCUUUAUCAUCAGCUAUAAAGACAGGCUUGGCGAUAGUUGGGACAGGAAUAUGGCUGAUACCAAUGUUAAUUGCUGGCCUAGCUUACUAUCGAUAUGACAAACUUGACCCUGAAUCACGACUCAUCAACACUAGACAGCUUCUACCUGAAUACGAUUUUGUAAUUAUUGGUGGAGGUUCAGCUGGAGCAGUAAUAGCAAAUCGUCUUUCUGAAAUUGGUCAUUGGAAAAUAUUACUGCUUGAAGCAGGGCCAGAUGAAAAUGAAAUAUCUGAUGUACCUUCAUUGGCAGCUUAUUUACAGCUUUCUAAUAUUGACUGGCAAUACAAAACAGAAAGAACUGGAAGGUCAUGCUUGGCUAUGAAGCAAGGUAGAUGUAAUUGGCCUCGAGGAAAAGUUCUAGGAGGUUCAAGUGUUUUAAAUUACAUGUUAUAUGUCAGGGGAAACAAACAUGAUUACGAUAGUUGGGAAGAACAAGGCAACGAAGGUUGGGGAUAUUCCAAAGUUCUACGAUAUUUCAAGAAAUCAGAAGAUAAUAGAAACAAUUAUUUAAUAGGAAAAUACCAUUCUCGCGGAGGAUAUUUGACUGUUCAAGAGGCACCAUGGCGAACACCCCUUGUACUUGCUUUUAUUCAAUCUGGCGAAGAAAUGGGUUAUCCGAAUCGAGAUAUAAACGGAGAAUACCAAACAGGAUUCAUGAUAGCACAAGGUACAAUCAGAAGGGGUAGUAGAUGCAGUACAACGAAGGCCUUUUUACGACCUGUUAGAUUACGUAAAAAUUUGCACAUAGCAAUGAAAGCUCAUACAACAAAAAUUUUGAUAGAUGGAAACAAACGUGCUUAUGGAGUCCAGUUUAUUCGAGAUGGAAUAAGACAAGCAGCAUUAGUCAGGAAAGAAGUUAUAUUGGCAGCAGGAGCUAUUAAUUCACCACAGUUAUUAAUGCUAUCAGGGGUCGGACCUGGAGAACAUCUUCAUAGUUUUGGUAUUCCAGUAAUUAAAGACUUACCAGUAGGGAACAACCUCCAAGAUCAUGUUGGAAUGGCUGGUUUAACUUUUGUAAUUGAUAAGCCAGUUGCUAUAGUUCAAGACAGGUUAAGGGCAGUACCAGUAACAAUGGAGUAUGUAAUAAGAGAAAAAGGGCCAAUGACAACACUAGGAGGUGUCGAAGGACUUGCUUUCCUAAAUACAAGAUAUGCAAACAGAAGUAAAGACCAUCCUGAUAUACAAUUUCAUAUGGCCCCAGCAUCAAUAAAUUCUGAUGCAGGUGUAAGAGUGAGAAAAAUCUUGGGUUUAACAGAUUAUAUAUAUGAUACUAUGUUCCGGCCUAUUACCAACAGAGAUUCAUGGACUAUAAUGCCUCUGUUACUUAGGCCCAAGUCAAGAGGAUGGGUGAGAUUACGAUCUCGAAAUCCAUUCGUAUAUCCUAUAAUUAACCCAAACUACUUCCAACAUCCCCAUGAUAUUAUAACUUUAAUUGAAGGAGUAAAACUGGCAUUAAGGGUCAGUGAAGGCAGAGCAUUUAAACAAUUCAAUUCAAGACUGCAUACUAUACCUAUACCUGGCUGUAAAUGGUUACCAUUUGGUUCGGAUAAAUAUUGGGAAUGUGCCAUACGUCAUUUUACUAUGACAAUAUAUCAUCCUGUUGGUACAUGCAAGAUGGGUCCAGCUAAUGAUCCAACGGCAGUGGUUGAUCCUAGACUGAGAGUGUAUGGAAUUUCUGGUUUAAGAGUAGUAGAUGCAUCAAUCAUGCCAACAAUAGUCAGUGGAAAUACAAAUGCCCCUACCAUCAUGAUUGCAGAAAAAGGAUCAGAUAUGAUUAAACAAGACUGGCUAAAACCCCACCAUAAAAAAUAAACAGGAUUUAGACAAAGAAUAAAAGAAUUGACGAGGACAUAUUCCAGUGCUUUUACAUCUUAAAGAACAAAGGGAAGAAUUAUUUUAAUUCUGAAAUUUAUAAGAUAUAAAAUGGCAAGUAAACUUUAAAUUUGAAGAUAAGGGAAGAAAUCAUUGUUUAAAAUUUAAAUCUAUGUAAAAGGGAAAUAAUGACAAAAGAAGAGAUCACUAUUUACUAAUGUUAAUACUUUCAGAACUAUUUAUGAUUCAGAUAGAUAUUAUAUUAAUGAAUAGUAGUUACAUGAAAAAACAUGAAGAGGCACCAAAAUAAAAGAUGCGACACUCGGGAACAUGGAGGUAAUUGUUCUUAAAAUACUAGAACAAAGAUAUCUACCAGAAAGGUAUUUAAAACUAGAAGAUAUUUGGUAUGUACUGUGAAAAAAUGUAUCUGUCAAUCAAAAUACAACACAAUGUGAUGCACAAUAUCAUUUUGUAAAUAAACAGUACAACAACAUUAGUUAAUGUGAUACCAAAGAUAGGAAGGUACUUUCAAACCAAUUCUUUCAGCAUAACUAAUUUAGUUCUAGAAUAAAUAUUGGUUGUAAUCUUAGGAAAUCUUAAUAUUUGUACAAAACAGAAUUUUAAUGAAAAUAUGCUACAAACGAAAUUGAUGCUACAAAUGAUGGAAACUUUAAUAGACUGGCAGCACCUAAAUAAGUGCCAUAUAAAAAUACAAUAACAGAAAUAUCAACUAUAAAUUUAUGAUUGUAAAUAAUAAAUGUACAGUUGUAAAAAAAUAAAUUAAAUUAUAAAAAAUGAUGAUUGACUAAAUUUGUAAAUAUGUAAAGACAUAUUAUAUUCCUAAGCAAUUCUACCUCUUUAUAUUAAUUCAAUAAAUUUAU